CUUAAAUAAUAUAAAAAUUAUUUGUAAGCCAGAAAUGACAGAAAUCACAGACGAAGAAUUUGAAUCAUUUUUAGAAACGUUUAUUCCUGAACCUGAUAGCGAAAGCGAUAAUAAAGAAAAUAAUAUCAAUUUCCUGAAUAAAAAUGGGCACAAUGUCCUUCCGUCUUCAAGUAAUAACUAUAAUAAUAUGCAAAAUAAGGAUUUUGAAUGGUUAAAUUCUCAAAAAGAAAAUGGUAUCAAAGAAAUCAAUGAAAUAAAUGUUAUUUUCCAUGUUCAUUUGCCAGAGAAUAUUGAAAAACAUGGAUAUCCUGUAGUCCUUGGUAAUGUAAAAGAAUUAGGAUUGUGGGAAAAACCUAUUGUGCAACUUCAUCAACCAUAUCCUCAACAUCCAACAUAUUGGCAAUCUGAUCCAGUCACAAUUUCUGUAUUAAAUACAAGUGACAUACAGUAUAAAUAUGUUAUUCAUGUAACUAGAAGCCUCUUACAAAGUGGAAAAAAUGUGUUUGAAGGAAAUGAUGAUCAAGAAAGUCGCAUUUUGAAUAUUCUGAGGAUUGAUCAGUUUGAUAUAUGGAAAAAUAUUAAUUUAUCUGAAAGAUAUUGUAUUCAUCACAAUAAUAUAGACGACUUUGCUUUUGUAGAUUAUAUUUAUAAUACUAUCAAGGAAAAUAAUCUUAGAAAUAAAGUUGAAGAAUAUCAACAUUUGUUAACUCAUUAUACAGAACUUACGGUCUGGGCUUUACGUCUUAAAUUCAUUGUAAAUCGUAUGGAAGAUAAACUUAAAGAAAAAAGACUAUUCUUAUGUCUUCUCCUGGGAUAUUAUGUUCAAAGAUAUGGACAUUAUGAAUUAUCAGCUUCUUUUAUAUCUGAGCGUUUGCUUAAAGCACUUGAAAACUACAAACAAGAAACUUUACCUUUAGACAUUAGAGAGAAAAUGAACACUGGUAUUACAACUUUAGUUCAACAUAAUGCUUUUCAUAUGAAGUUUGAUUGGCUCAUUAUUUUUACAAUCGCGGCUGAAGUUGAUCCCAAUUAUACCUUCAUUGAACAUUUAAAAACUUUGAAAUAUCCUAAUGAUUUAUUGGCAAAGUUUAUUAAAGAGGUUAAAAUAAUUAUACCUUAUAUCAAGGGUAUUGAAUUUAAAAAUUAUGUUAAAAUUGGCAAGUGGUUAAUUCAAUUAUGUCAUAAUAUGGACUCCCUCUUUAAACUCUGGAAUGAUAUUCUUUUGCAUUAUAUUGCAUUUGAUAAAAGUGUUUCUAAGUGUUUUAUUGAUCGAAUUCGAGCGAAUAUUUCUCACGGCAAAUCUAUUGCUAAUGAUAGUCUCGGAGAGGAAAUUAUUCAAUCAUUAGAGUUGAUAUCUCAGUCUCACACUUUGGAAUUAUUAAAUAUAUUUCCAGAAAUUUUAGAUAAUUGUUUUCGUAAUGAAUUCUCUGAGAAAAUACCAAAAAUCUGUAUAACUUGGUUUAAAAAUCUUUUAUUAAAACUUAAUAUAAGUAAAAUCAAUAAAUUAUCAUAUGAAAGCGACUUUAUUUUUUCGGUAUUUCAACAGUUAGAUCGUAUAUAUCCUUUACUUAAUCAAAGAAAUAAUAUUUGGCGAGAUUUAACAAGUAUUGCCAUAGAAAGAGUAAAGAAAUUUUCAGAUGCUCAAAUUUUUGCUGCAACAAAACUGAUAGUACAAAUAAAAGUAAAUUAUGUCAAACAUUUAUUUUUAGAAAUAGUAAAAGAAAUAUUAAACAAAACUGUCCGACAAAUCAAUGAUUGGUUACUAAGUAAAAUAUUUAUAAUUUGCGAUUGUAAAGGCAAGACAUUAGUAGUUCCAAAUUCGAUGAGCGAAGAUAUUUUAUAU